AAUCCGGAGAGAGACAUGGUGCAUCCAGGAGAUUCAGAAGGAAACAUGGCUCGUCCAAGCAACCCGUCGGGCCACUUCACGCCGUCUUUUCCGGCUCCGGCCAACAUCAGCCAAUGCGGUCCUUCUACCGGUGCAAGGGCUCCGCAGCUAGGCCGCCAUCCUACUGCCGACACGCUGGUGCCGCCGGCCAUAGGGCCACAGACUUUACAGCCGGAGAACCAACCCCGCAGGACGACCAUGCCCGGGAGCUGGGCCUGGGCGCCUCCCGUGCAGCAACCUGGUGGACAGACAAGAUGGGCCUGGGCGCCUCCAGCGCAGCGCCCUGGUAUACCGGCGACGGCGUCUCCAGCAGCUGGCGGCUCGCCCCAGGCGCAGCCGCCGCGGGUGCCGGGCGACAAGAGCUUCGAGGAGUUCCUCCUGGAGGCCGGCGUCCUCGACCAGUGGACCCUCGACAAAAUCUUUCUCGACGGUCUCGUUGAAGAGAUGGUGGGAGAUGGACGGGCGAGUUUGGGCCCAGUGGAGGGGAUGGCUCUGCAGGCCUCUGGGGCGGCUUCCUCCUCUGUGCCGAGCAGGCAUCAGGUUCGCCUGCCCGCCCAGGACCAGGAGGCACUCGGCGCUGGCGACCAAGCGGCGGCGGUCGAGGCCAGGGAGCGGAGGAGCAGGAGGAUGGCCAAGCGAAAGGAGGCCGCUGCUAGACAUCAUCGUCCCGAGAAACAUGCAGCUCCUCGUGGAAGCCAAAAUGGAUCAGGAGCUAUCUGAUUCGUCAAGGAGCUGAAUUCUUCGCCUAUGCCUGCCGUCGCCUGUUGUCUACUGGCAACAAGAUUCAGAAUAAUUUAUGUUUUUAUAGUUUGUAGUGCUCCAUCCGUUCAAAUUUUAGGUUUAUUCUUGAACAAUCUUUUUCACUCUAACCAUUUUGAAGAGAAAUAAUACAUCGA